CAAACGCGCUGGGCAUUGUCGUUUAUUUCAUAGAUAAAUACACUUAAUAUGUUUAUUAUUUUUAAUUAAAUGAAAUUAACAUUUUUACAAUAACAUUAUAAAAGAAUAUAUUAUGAGUGGCCCGAACGGCAUGCUGUACGGGGGAGACGAGAUAGGUGCACUAGUCUUUGAUCCUGGUCAUCAUUCGUUGCGAGUUGGUUAUGCGCAAGAGGAUACCCCAAAAGCCGAUAUACCAGCAGUUGUGGGCGUCGGACCAGCUACACACAUCCCAAAUUCCGAAGAAAAGGUUCCUGAUGGCAACAUCACUCAAACCGGCAGUAAAGCAGGCAGUGAGCUGCGACACUACAUAGACGUCACAGAGCUCCACGUUCCGCGUCCGGGAAUGGAAGUGCAGACGUACAUGAAAGACGGACAAGUCGACAACUGGGAUCUGUUUGAGAAGAUGCUUGAUUAUUGUUAUUCUAAGGUAAUCCGCUCUCCAUCAGAGCACCAUCCGGUACUCUUCACUGAGGCAGUCUGGGCCACCCGACCAGUGAGGGAGAAGCUAGCCGAACUCAUAUUCGAGAAGUAUCAAGCACCAGCUUUCUUCCUGGUCAAGAAUGCUGUCCUAGUGGCCUUUGCAAAUGGAAAAUCUACAGCUCUGGUCAUAGACGCUGGAGCCACACAGACAUCAGCCGUGCCUGUUAUCGAUGGGUACGCGCUGGUGAGUGCGGCGGCGCGCUCUGCGCUGGGCGGGGACCACCUGGUGGCGCAGGCCAAGCUGAUGCUGAACGCUUCGCACAUACAGAUGCUGCCCAUAUACAGCAUACAGAGCAAGGAAGUGAUAAGGGAACGCGAGCGAGCCCGGUACACGCUCAAGUCUCUCCCGGCCGGCCUCACGCAGUCCUGGCAGCAAUACAUGCUGAAGCGCCAGUACGAAGACUUCUGUCACUGCAUAGCCCAGGUAUCGGAGUCCGCGUACGACGAGCGCACGGCCGCGUCGGUCCCCGGGGUGCACUACGAGUUCCCGGGCGGCUACCACCAGGACUUCGGCCCGGAGCGGUUCAAACUAACCGAGACGCUGUUCGAGAGCUCCCUGGCCGCCCCCCAUCUGGCGUGCGCGGCGGCGGCGGCGUGCGACGCGGACGCGCGGCCGGCGCUGUGGGCGGGGGUGGUGUGCGGGGGCGGGGGCGCGUGCGUGACGGGCUGGGCAGAGCGCGUGGCCCGCGACCUCGCCGCGCGUGCUCCCUCCUCGCACCGCCUCAAGAGCCACGCGGCCGCCUCGCUCGCCGAGAGACGGUUCGCCGCCUGGAUAGGCGGGUCCAUACUGGCGUCCAUAGGCUCGUUCCAGCAGAUGUGGAUCUCCUCGCAGGAGUACGACGAGGGCGGAAAGGGGCACCUCGAAAGGAAAUGCCCUUAAUCUAGACUAAGUUAAACGUAUAAGCCCUUCUAGUGAGAACAGUGCAUGAAUUUUGUAUCCGGUAAAUUGGUCGAUGCCGAUUUUGAGUCGCCCCCGGUUGGCGCUGUCCAUGGACAACACAGCACGUCGCCGCUCAAUUUGAGAGUCGAGGCCGAAGUCUCGGGUGCAAGAGGGCGGUUCCCACAAGUCAAACCGGACAACGUGUAGACAUAGUGUGUCUUUAAGGGGGAUUAUAAAAAAAAAAUGUUAAUCAACGAACUAUAUGUGAAUCGAACUGACUUAUAAUGUCCUCGUCAUUAUUAAAAUAAAAUGCAAAAUUAAUUUUAUGAA